AUGGUGGAGAGGCGGAAUGAAGGUGUGACAAGGAGACAAGGAGUAGGGGAGCGGGAGGGGGCAUGGACUGGGAGGAGACUGAGUUGGUGCAGUUUGUCAGAGAUCAGCUGUGCUUCUCUGGCCUCAGCUCUGAAGUCCAACCCCUCCCAUCUGAGAGAGCUGGAGCUGAGAUACAACAAGCUGCAGGAUUCAGGAGUGAAGCUGCUGUCUGCUGAACUGAAGAAUCCACACUGUAGACUGGAGACUCUGAGAUUGAGUUCCUGCAGGUUGUCAGAGAUCAGCUGUGCUUCUCUGGCCUCAGCUCUGAAGUCCAACCCCUCCCUUCUGAGAGAGCUGGACCUGAGUCUCAACAACGAGCUGCAGGAUUCAGAAGUGAAGCUGCUGUGUGAUUUUCUGGAGAGUCCACACUGUAGACUGGAGACUCUGAGAUUGAGGGGCUGCUAUUUGUCAGAGAUCAGCUGUGCUUCUCUGGCCUCAGCUCUGAAGUCCAACCCCUCCCAUCUGAGAGAGCUGGACCUGAGUAACAACAAGCUGCAGUAUUCAGGAGUGAAGCUGCUGUGUGGUUUUCUGGGGAGUCCACACUGUAGACUGGAGACUCUGAGAUUGAGGGGCUGCAGUUUGUCAGAGAUCAGCUGUGCUUCUCUGGCCUCAGCUCUGAAGUCCAACCCCUCCCAUCUGAGAGAGCUGCAGGUGAGUGGAAACGAGCUGCAGGAUUCAGGAGUGAAGCUGCUGUGUGGUUUUCUGGAGGAUCCACACUGCAGACUGGAGACU